AUGGCUGCCACCUCCAAGAUCCUCCUCCUUCUUUUGGUUACCCUCCUCGCUCUCGUAGGAAAUGUCCUCGCUUGGAGAAUCGACCUCAUUUGGAGCCUCGAUGCCCUGUAUGAAGCCCGCCUUCGCUCAAACUGUUACAAAUACGACGGCAAGUUUAAGGCCAAGCCCUACAGUGGUCAACAGGUCUGCUCUGGAGAUGGCGUGUUCUGCAUCAGGUUCCCCAAGAGCGCCGACCGUGAGAACGGUGGAGUUGAAAACCGUGUCGAGGUGUGGUAUGCUAAUACCUAUGACGUCUGCACCUGCAAGACCAUUAACACGGUCGUUAAGCCCCCAUUCUGCCUUGUCAACCAGCCCUGUCCCAUUGGUGUCAGCCAUUCGUGUGGUUGUGACACUCCGAAGUACUGCCAGUAG